AACUGUAACCACCUGGACCCAACCACGUGUUCGGCCUCCUGUGGCGGACAGCGUCGAAAUAUCGGUCGACGGAACCCCUCCCACCAUCAACAACCUCAACAACACAAUUCCCCAUCAUCCUGCUCACCCGGCGUGCCCUUUUUCGCGCUCAAUAUCAUUACUCGGCUCAUACACCUAGAACUGCAUUUCCCGGAUCGAGAGUCGCCUGAUGGCGAGACUUUGAAAAGUCUUUCGCGUCUGCAUCCCUUUGCCCUGCCGGAUAUCUCCUCUACAGAAGACUUCGAGCACCGAAUGUUUAAACUGUCCAAGUCCUACGAACCAGGCGAGUUAGGCGUACCCCCCGCCGCUGUGGUAAGCCUCUCUUUUUCAGAUCUAAAAUUGUAG